AUGGGCUUAGAAGUUCUGGCCAUGCUUUCCACUAUCAUAUUCGAAGAGUCAAGAACGAAAAUAGAAGAAAGAAAAAAAAAUAGUAGAAGAAAAAAGAAAGAAAAAAAGAUUAAAAAAAAAUAGAGAACGAAGAAAGAAGAAAGAAGAAAGAAAAAAUCUAAAGAAGAAAGACUAAAGACUAAAGAAGAGAGAAGAACGAAAAGAGGAGAAAGAAGAAUAGAAGAAAAAUUAAAAAAAAAAUAUCUAAAAAAGAAAGACAAAAGAAGAGUGAAGAACGAAAAGAGAUGAAAGAAGACCGAAGAACGAAGAAUGAAAAAAAAGAUAUAA